AUGGCAAGUAGCUGUAGUAACGCAGUUAAUUCGUUCGAAAAAAUACUAGAAGCCGUGAAAUAUGAGGAAAACUUUGAUGUGGAAGAUGACAGUAAGUACAUUAUGUAUGAUAUGACAUCAGGUGAAGAAACAGACGAGCAUAGUUUGUGUUUUGAUUUUGACACCGAAUUUCAUGGCGACGACGCAAUACACCAAUCGCAUUAUGUAAGAUACCAAGGAGACGAUCUUGCGCAUCAAGAAAAUGACGUUAUACAUCAAGAAUAUGAUACGUUACGUCAUCAAGAAUAUGAUACGUUACGUCGAAAAGAAACUGAUGCACACGUAGAAGAAGAUGCAAUACAAGAAGAUGCUAAAUCACAAAGAGAAAGAGCUCUAAACAAAACAGAUGAUGUUAUUUGCAAAGGAGAUAUCGCUAAACGGAAAAGAGAUUUUAAAAAACAAAAAUCAGUCGAGAACAAAUGUGGAAUUUGUCAUAAAUCGUUCAAGCGCAGAUAUUUGUUAGUAGAGCACAUGUCGUUACAUACUGGAGAACGUAACUACGAGUGUUUGAUAUGUAAAGAACGAUUCCGAUUAAAGAAAGUUCUUAAUAGACACAUGAGUCGACAUAAAGGUGAUAAACAGUACAAGUGUCAGGUUUGUCAAAAAUCUUAUGACAGUCUUAAACUUUUUAAUGACCACACAAAUAUUCACCGCGGCAUCCGUUAUCAAUGCAAGUAUUGUGAAAAGUCGUUUUCGGCCUCAAGCUCUUUAAGAGAUCACUUGAAACUACAUGCUGAACCAGGAAGUUCCAAAUUAAACUAUUACGUGUGCAAUAUAUGUAAAAAAUCAUUUGCGAGUGAAAGUUCAUUAAGAAUGCACAUGGAAAUACAUAACGGAACACAAGACCAGAUUUGCAACAUUUGUGACGCUAGAUUUAGCAGAAAACAUGACUUACAGAGACACAUGUUCAUACAUACUGGAGAAAAACCAUACAAAUGUUCACUAUGUCCUUGAGCAUUUCGACAACCGGGAGAGCUUGGUAGACAUAUGGCGUGGCAUAGAGGGGAUCACAAGCAAUCGUGCAAGCAAUGUGGUCGAAAAUAUGCUA